CAGGCAACGGCACGGCCCGCGCUGGCCCUGCACUGCAGAGGUUCUGCCCGGGGCCGGUCCGGAGGGGUAGCGUUGGCCAGCGCCGAACCGAGGGCAGCCGCCCGCCGCUGGUGGUCGUCUUCAGGGAAGAGGGGCCAGGGCCCACCGGACCCCACCCACGCCGCCAGUUCAAUCUGGAGAAGGAGGACAGUGGCAUCAGAUAGAAGACCUUGGACGUCAGAAAUUGAAUUGGAAGAGGUGCCUGAAGAAAUGGAUGCUAGAAGAAAACACUGGAAGGAGAAUAUGUUUGCUCCUUUUUAUAGUGCACAGGAUAUUCUAGAUGAGGCUUCUCAGCUUGAAUCCUCUUCUGAACAAAUGACUUUAGGUAAGGCCAAGAGAAUGGAAGGGAUUUUUAAUUUGUCUAGUAGAAAAUUUCAAGAAGAGAAUAAAUUUAAAAGGAAAGAAGUUAUUUCUCAACCAAAUGAAAAUGAACAAGAACCAAAUUUAAGAGAGAGAAAGAUAAACAUUUCAAAGAAUGAGGCAGACACAAAUUCUGCCUCCUGUGAAUCAUCUAAUUUAGACAUUGCAGCUGAAGAAAGCUUUAAUGGUGCAGAAGAGCCUCUUAGCUGGGGUACAGAGGAAUUAUCAGCUCCACCACGAAAAGACAAGAAGAAGAAAUUCACUGAAGAACUGUCUCCAAAACUUCGCCUGAAUCUUUUGAACGAAGAGCUGGAAGCGCUUAACAUGCAAUGCAGAAAAAUAGAAGAGGAAUUCGAAAAUGCGGAAAAAGAACUUUUGAACUGCAAAAAAGAAGUCUCCUCAAAACCCCUAAAUUUUCAAGAAGCAGGGAUGGAAACUUCCAAGAAAGACUGGGAACUUCAAGCUUUAAGAAAUGACCUCUCUGAAAAAGCAACAAAUGUUAAAAACUUAACAGAAGAGCUCCAGCAAGCCAAAGAGGUCAUCCACAAGUUGAGCCUUGAGAACAAGGAUUUAAAAGAAGCCGUUAGGAAGUUAAAGCAGCAAACUGAGGGUGGAAAUGCACUACUAAAGGAAGAAGUGAAACUGUAUUAUGAAUUAGAAAUGGAGAAGAUACACGGGGAGCUCAGUGCCAUCAAGAACGAACUGAGAGUGGAGAAGACCAUACGAGCAAGAAACAACAGAGCCCUGGAGCUGCUCAGGAAACACUUUGCUUCUGUAACGUCAUCAGGUACCCCUGACAGCUUUAUGGGGGAUUUUUUUUUUAAAUAAAAAAAUUAAAAAAGCCUUUCAUU